AUGGACCAUCUAUUCUCACUAGAUGAGAACAUCCCCGAACCCAUCCCUUUCCAGACUCCCUUGCCGUCUUUGGCGUUGGAGCCUCAGGCGGACAGUGGAGGCACCGGAGGAGCAGAGAUCGAUGCCGGUGGUGGUGUAGGUGGUGGUGGAGCUAUGAACCCGUGCUUGCCAGAAUGCUUCUCCCCAAAGCUCAUGGACAAUUCAUCAUCACUGGACACCCCCACCCCACCAGCAACGAACUCAAAAGCUGAUUCAGAGCUUCACAAUAAUCCGGCGGCCGAAGCGAGCCAUAAGAGGCGCUACGAGGUCAUCCAGGAGGAGGAUAACGACGUUGUGGAGGUAAUCUCCUCGCCACCCGCACCAACAUCGGCGAGCGCGGCGUUGGACCCGGUGGCGUACAACGCGAUGCUAAGGCGGAAGCUCGAUGCGGACCUCGCCGCGGUUGCCGUGUGGAGGACCUCACGUGGAAUUUUCCUACAAAGUUCACAUGGCAAUAUAGCAUCACAAAAUUCAAAUGGCUAUAGUAACUUGGGCUCGCCAAAUCACGUUGGAGAGGUUGGUGUCCAUCAAGUUAGCUCUUCCUCAUGGAAUCCAUCACCAUCAGAUGAUGAUAUGGAAGGGGAUGAAGAAACAAUGGGAAAUAGGAAUGUUACUGCAGCAAAAGUGAAGAAGAGGAAGGAAUCUAACCGAGAUUCAGCUCGACGCUCAAGGAGUAGAAAAGCUGCUCACAUGAAGGAACUAGAGCAGCAGGUGUCAUUACUAAGAUUUGAAAACAAAUCUCUGAUGAUGAGUCUUACAGAAGUCAGUCAAAGAUACAACAACGUUAUUGUUGACAAUAGGAUAUUAAAGGCAAAUGUUGAAACCUUAGAAACAAAGGUGAAGAUGUCAGAGGAAACUAUGAAGAGGAUCACACGUGCGAGCAAUUUCCCCCAAGCCAUAUCUAGCAUAUCAUCGCAUAGCCACCACAUAGGUGGGCCCCGAUUGGACACCAUUACCAAUACUCUACUACCAACCCAAGACACCCCAGUUAGCUACUUUGUGAGUACAACAAAUGAUGUUGAUGUGAACAAUAGGUACAUCCCAGAGGUAGCUCCGAUACCGACUUUCCAAGUUGACAACCCAUCAACUUUACUACAUAUGCAACCUAUGGUUACCCUGGAUCAUCACCAAAGAAGGAUGUGUGGUGGCAUGCCAAGUGCAUCAGUACCUACCCCACAAUGGGAAGCUACUAUGAUGGAUCAAGAUGAGUUUAUCAACAUGGGGAUGCAGUAG